AUGCUUACUAUAAACAAAAACCAAACGUUUAUAACAUUGGUAUCAAGAGCAGACGAUAUGUGUGCUGCAGCAGAAAAUGCCAAGAUGGUUGUUAAAUUUACAAAACAGAAUUUAGAGCCAUUUUCUAAAAAAUAUUUAAUUGGAAAUCAAAAGGAAAUAAAAAAUAUUUGUGAAGAAAAACUAGAACAAAUUAAAGAAAUCAUCCAAAAAAGAGAAGAUGAAUUAGUGGAAGGAAAAAAAAUUAUUGAAAAAAUGGAACAAAUAUUAAAAUCUUUAAGAGAAGUUAUUGAUUUAGAAUACGAUAAUAUCGACGAGAUUUGUGUUGCUGGAAAUCAAUUAAUUAAUGAAACCAUUACUAGAGAAAUACUUUCUAUAGAAAAAACAGCUAAUGGAGAUCUGUCAACAUUUGCAACUAACUUAAAGAGGUAUAAAGAUGAAGAACAACCAAAUUGGGAGAACAAGAAGUUUCAUUACCAUUUUCCCGAGAAACAUAAAAAUAUUAAUGAAGAAAUUGUUAUCCCUUCUGAAACUCCAAACACUCUUAAAGAUGGAGAAGAAGAAGAAGAUGACGAUGAUAAUAUAAAGUUAAAAAGAAGAAGUUUUAUGUUUAAAGACAAAAAGGACAAAGACCGAAACAAUAGAAAAAGUAUGAUUGAAAAAUCAAGUUCAUACCCUCAAAAAAUAGAAGAUUCACAAACAAUAGAAAAACUAAACAAAAAAGAUACUUCAUUAAAUGAUUUAGUUUCUUCAUCUCAACUUGAAUCAAAAACUAAAAAUAUUGAUGAAUUAAAAACUAAAGAACUAACUACUGAAAUACUAAAUAAUGACCAAAUUGAAAGUGAAAACACUGAAAUAAAAAAUGUACCAAAUAUUAGUAAUGGAGAAGAAGGAACAUCUGAUGAAGAGUUUUCUAAAUUAAUUCAAAUGAGACUUCAUAGAACAAAUACACGUACUGUUGUUACUGACAGACCAAAAGAAUUAAUUGAUCAAUUCAUUGAAAUGAUAAAAGUAAACCAAAAGAUAUUACAGAAAUGGUGUAAUUGUGAUAACUCUAAAAUUAUUUUUGAUAGUAAAGAACAUGAAUAUUCAAUAAAAGAUUUUAGUAAAUAUGUCAUUAAUUUAUCUUAUUUAUGUAUUAUGGCUUGUUGUGGAAAUGAUGCCAUUGGAUGCUUUGUGAGAAAACCAAUUGAAUCUACAAAUAAAUGCAUAUCAGAUCUUAAACAUUUUAUUUUCACAGUUAAAUUAAAUCAGCCAGAUACAAUUAAACAAUAUUAUCCAAAAGGAGAAAAUUGGCAACACGUAUUUACAUUAGGUGGAAUUGAAAGUGAUUUUUUAUAUAAAGUAAAUACAACUGGAGGAUAUGAAAUAAAUACUAUUGGAGAAAAUACAUCGAAAAUUAUGAAUAUUUCUUCAACGUAUGAAAUAUCAGAAAAAGAUCUUGUAUUAGCAUGUCUCAAGAAUAAUAAACCAUUUACUACAGAUAGAAUUAUUAUUCUCCAAUUAUUCUAA